UUAUUGGCAACAUCUGAAUGACCAGAUGGAGUUGGGCAAACUGAAUUUGAAUAACACCUCCAUUAUAAACGCAAGCAUGCAGAACACUUCUGAAAAUAUCUCCUACAUGUAUAAGUACCCAUGGCAAUAUUCUCAACAUCCCAUUGGUGUAUUUGUGGGUCUAUACACACUCGAAGGAUGCAUUGCACUGGGGAUAAUAUUCACAAAUCUUUUGAUGAUUUUCUCCUUUUUGCUCAACAAGAAGCUUCGCACUCCAACAAACAUUAUAGUGCUGAACAUAGCAUGCGUUGAUCUAUUACAGGGAUUGGUUGCCACGCCAAUGCGCCUCGUUAUGAACUAUGAAUACUCAAUCGCAAAGGAGGUGGUUUAUGGGUCUGUCUCGAACAAAUAUUUCUGUAUCAUUCAGGUGAUUAUGACAGCCUUUCCUGGAUCUUUAACUCUCUGGAUGUUUGUAGUUGUAAGUGUGGAUCGAUAUAUCGCGAUCCAACAUCCGUACAAGUAUGAGAAGCUGAAGAAUAUUGGUAGAAUAUGCAUCAUAUUUUGGGUCUUGUCAUGCGUACAAUUCCUUGGGGCUAUUCUCAGCCUGCAGUACUGGAGUACCGCAGAGAUCUGUUCUAACUACAGCUCUUGGAUGCAAGGGAAAGGAUACAUCAUCAACAUUGUUAUUGUACUUUGUACAUCAAUUGGUUCCAUUAUACAUAUCAAGAUUCUCUGGAUCGCAUAUAAACACCGCGCCACUAUACUGAGCCAACUUGAAGCUGUUGAUCACAGCAAAGCUGUGGCUUACAAGAAAGGGUUCAGGGUCCUAAAGUCAACAAUUACAUUGUUUGGCUUUUUUGUAGGCAUGUGGGGGCUUUAUUUGAUUUUACGAGCAUUGGGUGAUAAGGUCUUUGGCAGUAAUGUAUCGGUGUUGAAGAUUUGGCAUGAAUCUAUCAACAAAUUAGUUCUCAUAAUUUCACUUCUAAAUCCUGUUAUGUUCGCAUUUCGGCAGCCUUCGUUGCGAAAAGCAAUGUUGAAGUGUUUAAUGUUUUGUUUGCCCGAAUCACAAUGUCAACGAUUAUCAACCAUAGUAAGUGAAAGCACCAAUGUGACCCCAGCCUCACAUGGGGAUAAUGUACAAAUGUCAACAGGUUCGGAACAAAAGGGUUAACCUUAAUAGGUGGCCAUAUAGGGCCUAGGGUGUUCAAAACACAAGAUGAAAGAUC